AUGGAGGUGUGUCAGGAGUACUAUGGUGUCCCUCCGCCCCCUGUAGCGUUCGGCCAACCACUGCACCUCUCCAUGGGUGAUGUCAUCGAACUGACAAGAGCCGAGGCCGACCUACAGUGGUGGGAGGUGAAGCACGCAGACGUGCAGACAGACACACACACAGUGGUGGGAGGGUGGAGAUUCUCUCUCUCUCUCUCUCUCUCUCUCUCUCUCUCUCUCUCUCUCUCUCUCUCUCUCUCUCUCUCUCUCUCUCUCUCUCUCUCUCUCUCUCUCUCUCUCUCUCUCUCUCUCUCUCUUUAUCUCUCUCUCUCUCUCUCUCUCUCUCUCUCUAAGGGGCUUUAUUGGCAUGGGUAUUUACAAUGGUGUUUGUUAUUCACUGGUGGCCCUUUUCUUGUGGCAACAGGUCACAAAUCUUGCUGCUGUGAUGGCACACUGUGGUAUUUCACCCAAUAGAUAUGGGUGUGUAUCAACAUUGGAUUUGUUUUAGAAUUCUUUGUGGGUCUGUAUAAUCUGAGGGAAAUAUGUGUCUCUAAUAUGGUCAUACAUUCGGCAGGAGGUUAGGAAGUGCAGCUCAGUUUCCACCUCAUUUUAUGGGCAGUGUGCACAUAGCUUGUCUUCUCUUGAGAGCCAGGUCUGCCUACGGCGGCCUUUCUCAAUAGCAAGGCUAUGCUCACUGAGUCUGUACAUAGUCAAAGCUUUCCUUAAGUUUGGGUCAGUCACAGUGGUCAGGUAUUCUGCCACUGUGUACUCUCUGUUUAGGGCCAAAUAGCAUUCUAGUUUGCUCUGUUUUUUGGUUCACAAACACAAACAGACCCCACAGAGCCCCAGGACAGCAACACAAUUAGACCCAACUAAAUCAUGAGAAAACAAAAAGAGCCUCAGGACCAGCUUGCUUAGGGGACUCUUCUCUAGGUUCAUCUCUCUGUAGGUGAUGUCUUUGUUAUGGAAUGUUUGGGAAUCGCUUCCCUUUCGGUGGGUUGUAGAAUUUAACAGCUAUUUUCUGGAUUUUGAUAAUUAGCGGGCAUAGUCAUGCAUUAUUUGGUGUUUUACAUUGUACACAGAGGAUGUUUUUGCAGAAUACUGUCUGCAGAGUCUCAAUUUGGUGUUUGUCCCAUUUUGUGAAUUCUUGGUUGGUGAGCGGACCCCAGACCUCACAACCAUAAAGGGCAAUGGGUUCUAUAACCGAUUCAAGUAUUUUUAGCCAGAUCCUAAUUGGGAUGUCGAAUUUCAUGUUCCUUUUGAUGGCAUAGAAGGCCCUUCUUACCUUGUCUCUCAGAUCGUUCACAGCUUUGUGGACGUUACCUGUGGUGCUGAUGUUUAUGCCAAGGUAGGUAUAGUUUUUUGUGUGCUCUAGGGCAGCGUUUCCCAAACUCGGUCCUGGGGACCCCAAGGGGUGUACAUUUUGUUUUUUACCCUAGCACUACACAGCUGAUUUAAAUAAUUAACUAAUAAUCAAGCUUUUAUUAUUUAAAUCAUCUGUGUAGUGCUAUUGCAAAAAACUAAAUGUACACCCCUUGGGGUCCCCAGGACCGAGUUUGGGAAACGCUGCCCUGGAGCAACAGUGUCUAGAUGGAAUUUAGAUUUGUGAUAAUGGCAAACUGACUUUUUUUGGAACACCAUUAUUUUUGUCUUACUGAGAUUUACUGUCAGGGCCCAGGUCUGACAGAAUCUGUGCAGAAGAUCUAGGUGCUGCUGUAGGCCCUCCUAUGUUGGGGACAGAAGCACCAGAUCAUCAGCAAACAGUAGACAUUUGACUUCAGAUUCUAGUAGGGUGAGGCCUACUCAUUCAAGGGUUUUUCUUUAUUUGUACUAUUUUCUACAUUGUAGAAUAAUAGUGAAGACAUCAAAACUAUAAAAUAACACAUAUUGAAUAAUGUACAUUUUAUAACAUCAAAACUAUAAAAUAACACAUAUUGAAUAAUGUACAUUUUAUAACAUCAAAACUAUAAAAUAACACAUAUUGAAUAAUGUACAUUUUAUAACAUCAAAACUAUAAAAUAACACAUAUUGAAUAAUGUACAUUUUAUAAUGUCAAAUGCACAUUUGUCUCCACUUUUUGUGGAUUGGGGUGAUCACUCCUUGGUUCCAAAUAUUGGGGAAUAUUUCAGAGCUGAGGAUGAUGUUAAAGAGUUUAAGGAAAGCCAAUUGGAAUUUGUGGUCUGUAUAUUUGAUCAUUUCAUUGAGGAUACCAUCAACACCACAGGCCUUUUUGGUUUGGAGGGUUUGUAUUUUGUCCUGUAGUUCAUUCAAUGUAAUUGGAGAAUCCAGUGGGUUCUGGUAGUCUGUAAUAGCUGAUUCUAAGAUUUGUAUUUGAUCAAGUAUAUGUUUUUGCUUUUUUGUUCUUUGUUAUAGAGCCAAAAAGAUUGGAGAAGAAGUAGUUUACCCAUUCAUCUCCGUUUUUGGAUAGAUAACUCUUUGUGUUGUUUGUUUAGUGUGUUGCAAUUUUCAAAAGGUUAGAUUCUAUGGAUUUUUCAAUUACAUUGAGCUGAUUUCUGACAUGCUGUUCCUUCUUUUUCCGUAGUGUAUUUCUGUAUUGUUUCAGUGAUUCACCAUAGUGAGGCUCAGGUUUUGUGGGUCUAUGAUUUUGGUUGGAUAGGUUUCUCAAAAACUUUCUUAGGUUUUUGCAUUCUUCAUCAAACCAUUUGUCAUUGUUGUUAAUUUUCUUAGGUUGUCUGCUUGACAUUUUUAGAUUUGAUAGGUAAGCUGAAAGGUCAAAUAUACUGUUUAGGUUUUCUACUGCCAAGUUUACACCUUUACUAUUAAAGUGAAACGUUUUGUCCAGGAAGUUGUCUAAAAGGGAUUGAAUUUGUUGUUGCCCAGUUAUUUGUUGGUAGGUUUCCACACUACUACUUUCCUUCCAUCUAUAGCAUUUCUUAAUAUUAUUCAGUUCCUUUGACUUUGAAUCCUCAUGAUUGAGUAUUGCUCUGUUCGAGUAUAUUGUGAUUUUGCUGUGAUCUGAUAGGUGUGUCAGUGGGCUGACUGUGAACGCUCUGACAGACUCUGGGUUGAGGUCAGUGAUAAAGUAAUCUACAGUACUACUGCCAAGAGAUGAGCUAUAGGUGUACCUACCAUAGGAGUCCCCUCGAAGCCUACCGUUGACUAUGUACAGACCCAGCGUGCGACAGAGCUGCAGGAGUUGUGAACCGUUUUUGUUGGUUGUUUUGUUAAAGUUGUGUCUAGGGGGGCAUAUUGUGGAGGGAAUGCUGUCACCUCCAGGUAGGUGUUUGUCCCCCUGUGUGCUGAGUGUCAGGUUCUUGUCCAGUUCUGGCAUCUCUCUCCUCCUCUCCUCCCAUCUCUCUCUCUCCUCCUCUCCUCCCUUCUCUCUCUCCUCCUCUCGCUCUCUCUCCUCUCUCUCUCUCCUCCCUCUCUCUCUCCUCCCUUCUCUCUCCUCUCUCUCCUCUCUCUCUCCUCCUCUCUCUCUCUCCUCCUCUCUCCUCCUCUCUCUCCUCCUCUCUCUCUCCUCCUCUCUCCUUUCUUUAAUACAACCUGCUAACAAUGCCUAUUAUUCCUAGAAGUAAUUCAUAGCUUAUUAAUGAGUUGAUUACCAUUAUAAACACGUACUUUGUAGUAAAUCAUUUCUGUACAAUAAUGUGCUACACGAAGCACUAGUAAGACACAAUGAUGUUCUAGUCGUCUGAUUGGUCUGCUGUGUGUGUCACUCAGGGCAAGAAUGUGACGAUUGGUCAGAUGGGUUGGUUCCCCUGCAGUAAGGUCCAGCCCUUCAUCUGUGUGAGUACCACUGACUUUAAACACUGAUCUAGGAGUAUGUCCGGGAUCCAAUCCGAUCGUGGGUUAUAGGCCUUGGGGCUUCUAAUCCCAGGCCUUUCUCUUGGUUACACAUGGGUUAGAUCAUCAUCAGUGUAAAGAUUUCACUGUGUGUAGCAUACAUACAUGUUGUUGAUUGCACAUUUUAUGUUAUAUGUGUAGGCUGCACCGUAUCUGGUAUUGAUAUAAAUACCAACAUGUGUUUUAUUAACUGCUUCAGUUGCAAGGAAGCAUGGGGUUGUGUUCUCAAAACUGUCUAACCUCUGACCUCUCUCCCCAGAGACCAACUCCUGACCUAUCAGACUUCCUAUGGUGAGUAAUGAUACCAUUCUAUUUACACCUGGUAUCACUCAUACCUAUGUUCUAUAUAUGUACCACCUGGUAUCACUCAUCACUAUGUUCUUGAUAUGUACCACCUGGUAUCACUCAUACCUAUGUUCUAGAUAUGUACCACCUGCACUCUUAGAAAAAAGAGUUCAAAAGGGUUCACCGUCUGUCCCCAUAGGAUAUCUUUUUUUGGUUCCAGGUAAAACCCUUUUCGGUUCCAGGUAGAACCCUUGAAGGUUCCAGGUAGAACCCUAGUGGAUUCCAUGUAGAACCAUCUGUGGAAAGGGUUCUAGAUGGAACCAAAAGGGUUAUACCUGGAACCAAAAAGGGUUCUUCAAAGGUUUCUCCUAUGGGGACAGCCGAAGAACCCUUUUAGGUUCUAGAUAGCACCUUUAUUUCUAAGAGUGUGGUAGCACUGCAGGGUUCUAGGUUUGGAAGUGUUCUGUGUUUCAAAAUAGUUAUUGAUAGCAAUCAUGGGAAAGGUUUUGUACUGUUCUAACGUAACUGCAAUGGGUUCUAGGUUUGGUCAUUUAAGUGAUUUGGGUUCUAGGUUUGCGGGGAACAUGGACCGGUCAGCGGCGAAGAACCUCCUGAUUUCACGGUCAGACGGAACGUUUCUGGUCCGCCAGAAAGACGGAGGAGAGUUCGCCAUCAGCCUCAAGUGAGCCCCGCCUCCUUACUGGCCAAUCAGAAAGGCGCUGUCUGACAGCUGGCAAUCAUAGGAUGCUUGUUAUCUGUUUUCUCUCUCUUUCACACACACACACAGAUUCUCAUUCACUCUGUCUGUCUCCUCCAGGUUUAACAUGGACAUCAGACACAUCAAGAUCACAUCAACAGAAGGCCUCUACCGCAUCAACGAGAAGAAAGCAUUCAAAGGGUUAAUCGUACGUCAUUCCCCUUCUCUCUCUCUCUCCCUCUUAUCACUCUAUCUACCCUCCUCAUCUCUCUCUCUGUCUACCCUCCUCAUCUCUCUCUCUCUGUCUACCCUCAUCUCUCUCUCUCUCUCUGUCUACCCUCCUCAUCUCUCUCUCUCUCUGUCUACCCUCAUCUCUCUCUCCGUCUACCCUCAUCUCUCUCUCCGUCUACCCUCAUAUCUCUCUCUCUGUCUACCCUCCUCAUCUCUCUCUGUCUACCCUCAUCUCUCUCUCUCCCCUCCCCCCGUUAGGAGCUGGUUCAGUUCUACCAGCACCAUUCACUGAAGGAGUAUUUUAAGGAAGUGGACACCACCCUCCAGACCCCCUUCAACCAGCCUGAACAGAGUGAUACACCUUUCAACACACCCUCCCCAGGUACACACACACUCCACCCUCCAGACCCCCUUCAACCAGCCUGAACAGAGUGAUACACCCUUCAACACACCCUCCCCAGACACACACACACACUCCACCCUCCAGACCCCCUUCAACCAGCCUGAACAGAGUGAUACACCCUUCAACACACCCUCCCCAGACCACACACACACACUCCACCCUCCAGACCCCCUUCAACCAGCCUGAACAGGUGAUACACCCUUCAACACACCCUCCCCAGACACACACACACACUCCACCCUCCAGACCCCCUUCAACCAGCCUGAACAGAGUGAUACACCCUUCAACACACCCUCCCCAGACACACACACACACUCCACCCUCCAGACCCCCUUCAACCAGCCUGAACAGAGUGAUACACCCUUCAACACACCCUCCCCAGACACCACACUCCACCCUCCAGACCCCCUUCAACCAGCCUGAACAGAGUGAUACACCUUUCAACACACCCUCUCCAGGUACACACACACACACCCCAGACUUCCUACAAACCUCAACUUAUUUCCUUCCAUAACCUCAAAUAUAAGUACUGUAUGUUUCAACACACCCACCCACGCUCACCUCCCUCUCUCUCUGCCCUGUAGGUGGCAGUAUGCAUUCGUUCGGCACAGCAAGGGCCAGGUAUGACUUCUCAGCCAGAGACCGUACAGAGCUGUCUCUGAGAGAAGGAGACACAGUCAAGGUCCUGUCUAAGAAGGCUCCCAAUGGAUGGUGGAAAGGAGAGGUCUAUGGACGG